AUGCCUGAAAUCUACCAGAGCCACCCUGAUUUUGCCUUCCCUCGCGACUUCAAGGGAUAUGGUGAGAAUGGACUGGAAUUGAAAUGGCCAAACAAUGCCAAGAUUGCAGUUUCAUUCGUUAUAAACUAUGAAGAGGGAGCUGAACGCUCGGUUCAGAAUGGAGAUGGCCAAUCCGAGACUGCACUUACCGAAAAUCCUCUUGCACCAGCCUGUGUAAAUGAGAGAAAUUUCAGUGCUGAGUCCGAAUAUGAGUAUGGCAGUCGAGUAGGAUUUUGGCGUCUCUUCCGUCUCUUCCAGAAAUACCACAUGAAAUUCACACUUUACGCUGUCGCCAAAGCUGUCGAGGAGCAGCCUGAAGUGGCAAAGCGCUGUGUUGAAGAGGGUCAUGAUGUUGCCUCGCAUGCCUACCGCUGGGUGGACUAUCACAACUUCUCCAUCGAACAGGAGGAGAAUUAUAUCCGCAAGGCGAUCACUUCAUUGAAAGCUUUGACUGGUUACGCACCUCGCGGCUGGUACUACGGCCGUCUCUCUCCCCAUUCGCGCACUCUUGUGCCAAAGAUAUAUGAGGAAAUGGGCGAGGAAUUGGUCUGGGCUAGCGAUACCUAUGCCGAUGAUGUCCCUUACUGGACCGACCUUCCCCUCGAGCGUGAUAGCGCCGAACCAAAGGGCUGCCUCAUGGUACCUUACAGCUAUGAUAAUAACGAUUUCAAGUUUCAUACUGCAGGAAGUGGCUUCCGUGAUCCUCAAGGCUUCUACACCCACAUUAAGAACGCCUUUGACAUACUCUAUGAAGAGGGCGAGGAGGGCAGACCAAAGAUGAUUACUAUUGGCUUGCACUGCCGGAUCAUUGGAAAGCCUGGUCGAUUUGCGGCUCUUCGUGACUUUGUAAAGUAUAUUUCGGAGAAAGAGGGAGUCUGGGUUGCAACGCGGACGGAAAUUGCAGAGGCAUUCAAGAAGGACCACCCAUAUAAGAAGGGCCAGCUAGCUUAG